AAGGUAGAAAGAGAGAAGUUUGGUGUAGCAGCGAAGGGAAGGGAAGGAAAGGAAAUAAAGUGUGGAACGGUGUCGUUGCAGACCUGUUGCUGCGGUGGUUAAAGCCGCUGCGAGACGAUCCGAUCCACCGCCUCCCGAUGGAUUUUCGCAUCUCCGGCGGCUCUCCCUCAUCGUCUUCCACCUCGUCUACCGACCCUCACAACUCCUCAACGUCUCACCGUCGCCGCCAUCAGAACGGCGGCGCCGACAACAAUAGCAGCGACCCGAUGCACUCCUGGUGGGAGUCCAUUUCCAAAGCCCGUUCGCGCAUCCAACUUCUCUCCAGUAUUCUCCCCUCCGACGACCCCGCCGCCGUCGCAUCUCUCGUCGACUCCGAUCGCCCCGCCCGUUCUCUCCUCCUCUCCCACCCCGCUUACUCCUUGCUCUCCACUUCCCUCUACGCUCCCUCUGCCGGCUCCAGCGAAGAUCCACUCUGCCACUGGCUGUACGACACUUUCCUCAGCGACGAUGCCGAUCUCCGCCUCGUCGUCAUCUCCUUCAUCCCUCUCCUGUCCUCCAUCUACCUCUCCCGCGUCCACUCAUCCUCCUCCACCUCCCCCACGCCAUCUCUCUCCGGUUUCGAAGCCGUCCUUCUCGCUCUCUACUCCGCCGAAACCAAAUCCCGAGCCGGGAAGCCGAUACUGGUCUCAAUUCCAGAUCUAUCCCAGCCUUCUGUUUAUCACACUCCGAGAGCCCCGAUUCAAAACAGACCGUCAUCGAUCCGGCCGGCCGUCGGAGUAUUAUCCCCUGCUCUCGAGCCACAGAUCGCCGUGAAAUCAACCAAACGCGCCUCAAUCGUCGGAGUUGCGCUGGAUUCUUACUUCAACCAGAUCUCACAAAUGCCCAGUUGGUCAAAGGUUGACUUUUGUAGGUUUGCAGCAGAUUGGGCUGGCCAGGACUGCCCCUGUGUGUGGGAAUUGGACGAGACUCAUCACGGUAAAUUAGAAAAUCUGUUCUCAGACAAUUCUAGGGUUCUCGACGGCCUCACAGAAGAACUCAGAAACAUGGAGAUUGAAGAUAAACCAGGAGUCGAUUCUUCCAAGGCCCGAAUCCCACUGCCAUGGGAGCUCUUGCAGCCAGUGCUGAGGAUUGUAGGGCAUUGUCUGUUAGGCCCUUUAAAUGCAGAAGAUGUGAAGAAUGGGGCAUCAGUUGCCGCGAAGCAUUUAUACGCAAGGGCUCAACAUGACUUGGUUCCAAGGGCAAUUCUGGCAACGAGAAGCCUCGUUCAGCUGGACAGGAGAGCUCGAGAGGCUGCCCGAGCAGCUGAUGCGUCUGGUCCUGCAUCAAAUGCCACCACGCCAAGUAAAGCCAAGAAACCAGAGGUUCUUCUAGUUUCAAAAUGAGUCAUCAGACCAAUUUAUGUAAGGUUUUCAAAUUCUGAAUCUCUCAUUAAAUGUUUGUUUGUGUUGUAGGUUAGAAUCUCUAAAGACUUCCAAAAAAAAGGAGUAAAUUGUUCAUGUAUUUAUAUAUAUGUUCACAUCAUUAUUUUUUUGGGUACUUCAAUGGGAAAAAAGAACCACAAUGCAUAAGUACCUAUUUGUUUGCUAUGUGUUGGCUUGUUUUGGUUUUA